GCCAGAUGGGGGCCACAGGGAGCCUACAGCCUACGUCUGACCUGGACUGAAAUGUAGGUGAGAGACAAGAUUGGCUCACAUCCUGGGAAAUAACCUAGGUCGGAACUCUAGCAGGAGCCACAGCCUCUCCCUGGGGUAAAGUGUUCACCACAGUAACAAGCGAAAGAGGAAGGUAAUGCUUCAGUCUUCAGCAAGGUAAGGACUUGAGGGCUGCCGAGCUUCUCCCUGAUCCUUUGUUCCUGCUUAUUCAAAGCGGACCCCAAAGGAGAAGUCACAGCAAAGAAGUUGCCACCAAGCAGCCCAAGAGGCCUGGAAGCAAACCUGGAGGUGAGACCUGGAGAAAGCUGGAACCAUGCUGACCUUGUGUCCUAUGAAGAGGCAGAUUCAAAACCUGGGAAGCCUGCCGUCAGUGCAGAUGAGGGAGAUGGGAGUCCCCAAAUCUGCCGUGUAUGCGGGGAUAAGGCGACUGGUUACCACUUCAAUGUCAUGACAUGUGAAGGAUGCAAGGGCUUUUUCAGGAGAGCCAUGAAACGCAACACCUGGCUGAGGUGCCCCUUCCGGAAGGGCACCUGCGAAAUCACCCGGAAGACCCGGCGCCAGUGCCAGGCCUGCCGGCUCCGCAAGUGCCUGGAGAGCGGGAUGAAGAAGGAGAUGAUCAUGUCCGAUGCCGCUGUGGAGCAGAGACGGGCUCUGAUCAGGAGGAAAAAGAGAGAACGGAUGGGCACUCAGCCCCUGGGAGCCAAGGGGCUGACUCAGGAGCAGCAGACAAUGAUCAGAGAGCUGAUGGAUGCUCAGAUGAAAACCUUCGACACCACCUUCUCCAAUUUCAAGGACUUCCGGCUGCCAGAAGCGCCCAGCAGUGGUCACGAGGUUCCGGAAUCCCUGCAGCCUGCAGCAGGGGAAGAAGCUGCCAAGUGGAGCCAGAUCAGGGGAGAUCUGUGCUCACUGAAGGUCUCUCUGCGGCUGCGGGGGGAAGACGGCAGCGUCUGGAACUACAGACCCCAACCUGAUAGCAGCGGGAGAGAGAUCUUUUCCCUGCUGCCCCACAUGGCUGACAUGUCAACCUACAUGUUCAAAGGCAUCAUCAACUUUGCCAAAGUCAUCUCCCCCUUCAGGGAUUUGCCUAUCGAGGACCAGAUCUCCCUGCUAAAGGGGGCCACCUUUGAGCUGUGCCAGCUGAGAUUCAACACGGUGUUCAACGCAGAGACGGGAACCUGGGAGUGUGGUCGGCUGUCCUACUGCUUGGAAGACCCCGCAGGUGGCUUCCAGCAGCUUCUCCUGGAGCCGGUGCUGAAGUUCCACUACAGGCUGAAGAAGCUGCAGCUGCAUAGGGAGGAGUACGUGCUGAUGCAGGCCAUCUCUCUUUUCUCUCCAGGUGACGACCCCACCUGGCCUGCUUGGCCACUCCCCCCAGGCCCCCCCAGCCCCAGGCUUGCUUGCACUCCCUCAGCUUUAGGAGGAGGCGCAGGCCCACCCCUGCCCUCCCCAGGGAGGGUCCCAGCCUCUGGCCUUGUCCCCGUUUGCUGCAUGGCCAGGAGGGGGUCCCUGGCUGGCUUCUCCCUGGGUCGGUGGGGUGGUGUCCCCUCUGAGUGCCACCCUCCCUUCCCCGCCUGGGUGCCUCUGGCUCCAGAAGGUGGCAUUUGCGUUCUCUGGCUGGCCCCGAUCUUGUCUUUGCCCCCACGGCCUUGCUGGCACCACGCUGUCUUCCCAUCCCCCGCAGACCGCCCAGGUGUGGUGCAGCGCAGCGUGGUGGACCAGCUGCAGGAGAGAUUUGCCAUUGCCCUGAAGGCCUACAUCGAGUGCAGCCGGCCCCAGCCUGCCCACCGGUUCCUGUUCCUGAAGAUCAUGGCCAUGCUCACCGAGCUCCGCAGCAUCAAUGCCCAGCACACCCAGAGGCUGCUGCGCAUUCAAGACAUACACCCGUUCGCCAGCCCCCUCAUGCGGGAGCUGUUUGGCAUCUCAGAUGGCUGA